AUGGUUCAACGCAACAAGUCAAGCAUGGAUUACGUUAGUUUAGGCUGUUGCACGUUGGCCUUCGUGCUGUACAUCAACACACUCAGCGCGGGAUUCGUCUACGAUGACAGACGAGCGAUCCUUGGCAACCCGGACGUGCCCGGGGCAGCAGCUGGGUGGGCGCAACUGCUACAGAACGACUUCUGGGGCACACCACUGGUGGAUUCGGGCUCGCACGGAUCCUACCGGCCGCUGUGCGUGGCCAGCUUCCGGCUCAACUACCUACUGGACGGUUUCAAGCCCUUCGGCUACCACCUGGUCAACGUGCUGCUGCAUUCACUCGCGACCGGGCUCGUGGUGAAGCUGGCCCGCCAUAUCCUGCCAGCGGGUGGCCACCGGCCUGGGGCCGCCAUUGCGGGGCUCCUAUUCGCGGCCCAUCCCAUCCACACUGAGGCUGUCGCGGGCGUUGUCGGGAGAGCCGAUCUGACCGGGUGCAUCUUCUACCUGCUUGCGUUGCUCGCGUACAUCCGGCACGUCCGUUGGCGGCAGUGGGGUGACCGCCGGCAGUGGGUGGCACUGGGUGGUACGGUUCUGCUCGCGACCGCCGCCCUCCUGUGCAAGGAAACGGCCGUGACAGCUUUAGUGGUUUGCGCGAUUUAUGACAUCAUAAAGGGAUACGCCGGAUCCAGAGAUAAGCACCGGGUACGAAGUCUCGGCAUCAUCGCCCUCUCACUGGCCGUCAUCGUGCACUGCCGGUUGACGUUACCGCGGCCAGCCACGCUGUUCUCGACCGCCGAUAACCCAACGGCCAAAAGCGGCUCCCUAUGGACGCGGUUCCUCACCUUCACCUACCUGCCAGUGGUCAACUUCGAGCUGCUCGUCCUUCCGGACGUGCUCAGCUUCGACUGGGGCAUGGACGCCAUCCCUCGGAUUGGUUCCGCGUUUGACCGCAAGGUGGCGCUGGCCGCGUGCUUUUAUCUAGCUCUCGGAUGGGCUCUCUUCUGCAGUGUCCGGGCAUUGGGUAGGUCCUCCGGGCAAACGUCGACCAUCUCGAGCGCUCCAAAGACCACCGGUUCCAGCUUCAACCGGAAGCUGACCACCAAGCUCAAUCUGCACCGGUUUCGCACGGAGACGCAUCCGGACGAUGGUACACUCGCGUCUCUUCAGCUGCAGACGGACGGAACCGGCGAAUGCAGCGUUUGCAAACAGGACAGUACCGCCCUGCAGCAUACCAGCGCCUGCCAGACCCUGCACAACAACAAUGGCCUGUCAUCCAUCAUCUGCGGGUGUGCGUACGCGCCGGAAUACAAAUAUUUAUCACUAGCGCCUUCGACACUGUCGCCGGGGUAUUUCCCGUGCAAGGGUUCACCACGAUCCAGCAGCAACAGCCACGACGGUGUCGGUUUCACGCAGAGCUUCCCGGGCAAGAAGUUCGCCUGCCAUUGGCCACUGGGGUCAGCAUCUCGAGAAAAGCGACCCAGUUCGGAACACUUUCCGUUCGGCACGUUACUUCCACACGCGGUGUCCGACAUCUCAGCGCCCUCGUCCUUAUCCGGAUCGUCGUACAGCUCGUCCUCGUCAUCGUCCUCGAGCUCGUGUGCGUCCUCGGUGCGAGGUGACAGCCCGGAUGCUUCAGUAGACGAGCCCAGUCUCGCGCCCGGAUCCUUACACAAUUCGCCUGCGGCCGCCCUGCUGAUGUCGGUGGCCCUGCUGACGUUGCCCUUUCUGCCCGCCAGCAAUCUGCUGUUCUACGUGGGCUUUGUCGUGGCCGAACGCAUCCUGUAUCUACCCAGCGUCGGCUACUGCUUGCUGAUCGGGCUCGGAGCAAGUGUCCUGACGGAUGGUGUCAGUGUAGCUCGCGGCCACAGCUCGACCACCUCAGUUCCAACCAUUUCCACCGGUGGAAAACCGCCAACCGGAAGAAGCCAUCGUCGAGGAGGUACGAGCUGGGUGAAUAUCCCCAUUCGCAAGUGUGUGGCCCUGGUGGCUCGUGUGGGCGCGAAGGGCACGUGUGACAGUGUGGGUGCCAGUGUAGGUGAUCCGGAUACCGGUGGUGGCCGGUACGGGAAAUUGCGUGGCCACCACGGUGGUGUGGUGUCUGGUGCAAGUGUCGUUGGUGGAACCACCGGAAAAGCCGCUCGAUCGGUGGCCCCGGGGCGAAGUGGCCGAAUGGGUCGGGGUGUGAAAGCCCUAGGUCCUGGACGGCGCCAACUCGUGCUUGCGUGCGUCGGUUUGUUGCUGGUUGCGUAUAGUGCGAAAACUGUGCGCCGGAACCGCGAUUGGACGGACGAGGAAAGCCUGUUCCGGAGUGCGAUCGCCGUCAAUCCCCCGAAAGCCCUCGGAAAUUUAGGAAGUGUCCUUAGUGCGCAGGGCCGCUAUCAGGAAGCCAAGGAGGCCCUGAAGGCAGCACUCAGCCAUCGCCCCAACAUGGCGGAUGUACAUUAUAAUCUAGGAAUCCUGCUUCAAAACCAGCAGGAUUACAACGAGGCUGUGGAGAGCUUUCGAAAAGCGAUACGCUUUCGACCAUCGCUGGCACUCGCCUAUCUGAACCUUGGGACCUCACUGAUAGCACUGGGACGGUGCCAGGAAGCGGCAAGCGUCCUGCGGGAAGGCACGAAGCUCGACGGAUCUGGUCUGCGGGAUCGUACGGCUCACGAGAAUGCCCGCAUCAGCGCACUGCUGCAGCUCGGCAAUCUGUACGCCGAUCAGGGAAAGCUGCAACGUGCCCUGGCCGUCUACCGGGAGGCGCUGCAUACCCUGCCGGAACGGUACCCACCCCAGGGCAUCUACCAUCGUCUGGGAGACGUCUUUGCCCGACUCAACCAGUGGAGCGAAGCGGAACGUUUUCAACGGGCGGCUCUCGAGGCCCAACCGGACCACAUCGCUGCCCAUCUGUCGUACGGUACGAUGUUGGCGCGAAACAGUAGCCGAACUUCCGAGGCGGAACAGUGGUUCCGGAGGGCACUCCGGUUGGCACCGAACGAUGCCAGCGUACACCAUCAUUACGCUGAGUUUCUAUCCACCCAGCGACGAACGGAGGAAGCGUUCCAGUACCGGGUAAAGGCGGCCGAACUGGCCCCGGAAGACUACGCCCUGGUGAUGGCCGCCGCAUCGAGUCUCCGGUUGCAUGACCGCAAACUCGAAGCCGAACGAUGGUACCGACAGGCUGUGAAAUUGCGACCACAGGAAGCUCGGGCACACACCAACCUGGGCGCGAUUCUGCACCUCCUGGGACGCACGCAGGAAGCGGCAAGCAGUUACCGGGAAGCGCUUCGGCUGCAGCCGGACGAUCUGACCACGCUGUCGAACCUGGCAAAGUUGGGCGUACCGGCGAUAUCCUGAAACGGCGAGCCCCGGUCCGGUGUCCGGAAGCCCGCCAGUUGAUUGCAACCCACGGGAAUACUCGCCGAUGGAGAGUGUGCGUCGCCAGUGGCAAGCCGGAAAAAUCACAGCACCGUGGAAAGUGACGCAUCGGCGAGACACACACCGCAGACGAUGGAAAUGGUGGGCGAACACGGCCCGGAACGGUGGGAAAUGAUGAUCGGAGCGACUGAUGGCUGGAAUUGAUUGCUGUUCUUGUACAGACUGGAGCGAGAUAGAAGCACGUGGUAGGAAGGAUCAGCAGGAACGCAGGAUCAAAUGAACGAAAGAAGCGGAAUUCUAGCAAAAUAAAUGUACAUAGGGGCGCUGCGUUGGGUGGAUUUGUUGCGUUGGGAAAACUUAAACCAAAUGAGUAGGCUAGCUAGAGAAAAACAAAGCGACCGAUCGGAAUGGAACUGCUAAGCAGGCCACGUGACGUGACGGACGGUGCCGCAGAAAUUAGGAACAAUUGUGUUGGAACUCCGUUGAAAGUAUAUUCGUGAGAGAAGAAGAAGAAUAUGAACAAAAACAGAGACGAUAAACAAAAUGCAUAGGAAAUGAUAAGAUUAUGUUACGCGUUGUCGUGAGCUGGAGAGAUUGUUGGCUAAAUGAAACCAGUAUGACAACGAUUUUUAUUCGCCCGCCUGUGGGUGGUAUUGAGAAAGAGCCAGAGAAAGAGAGAGAGAGAGAGAGAGAGAGAGAGAGAGAGAGAGCGAAAUAGAAAAUGAAAGAUGUGUUAUAAACGCAGUUACCCCUUCUUGGCCAAGCGUGCAUAUGGACUCGCGCUACUAACCUUAUAUUGUACAUACAAAGUUUAUAAACAAGGGAAGCAAAUACAAACCCAGAAACUACGCUGUAUAUAACGAUAAUCAGACAAACAGGACCGGAAUCGAGGCGGAACGUAUAUUGAAUAGCCAAAAUGCAAAACCACUGGAUACAAUCCGAAGCGAGGGUGACAAAAUGCGAUGCGAUAGCACAUGAAUCAUUAUUCAACAAGAAAAUCACAAACAUUUAGUACAGGAAGCGAACAUUCGUAAGCAACCCCUACAAAUGAGGAUUUAGUGCCCGAAGUAAUCGAACCACUAGCUCGUUCUUUCUACCAGGAAAAGCUCAUAUCCUUCCACGACACAUACGCUUGUUUCCGAGCAACUCUGAGGUCGCAAUGGCAGAAGAGCUAUAAUUUUCCCCGAACUCAUUUCAUGCCCUUCCUCUUUCCCUCCCGUAAACAAACGCAGUGGCCAAAAUGCCUUUCGGUUGCGAAAGCAAACGAUAAAAUCGUCAUUAUAAACCGAUUCCACCCUUAAACACACCCGCUCCCACACCCACUAUCGCUCAUUACAAAGGAUGAAAAGCGAAUUCUUUCGUUUGUUUUUCGAACCCUCCUUCCACUCAUCCUUUCGGUGGGCUCUUUUAUGGCGCGAUCAGCGACCAGCUCGCACCAUAAACGCUCUUGGUGCGGUCGGAAAAUAAUUGCGUUUAACAUGAAACAAGCAACCGACACCCGGAAUGCAAUCAGCACCGUGCAGUGGCACGCGCAGUAACUUUAACACAAUAAACCCCCUCGGUUGCAAACCAUCCCGUUGUAGUCUAGUGGAAAAGGGAAGAGAUGUGUGCGAAUUCCAAACCAGCCUCCAAUACGACCGCAGCAUUACCAUUAUACAUACACGCAAGCAGGCAGGCGGCAAGCAGUGGAGUUAAGGAAGGCAACAAAAAAAAACAAGGCGAUAUAAAACCAAACCAACUCACAGAAGAACAAUUUAUAGACGAGCCGGUGACGUGGCCGGUGCUCGGCAUGGACAUACACAUUUAUGAAUAAAAUGCA